AUGAGUAAUACUUUUAAGUCUGCAGGCAAUACUCUUGCCAAAGGGAAUGACUUAGGAUAAACUAACCAAAGUUUCGGUGGCUCUCAAAACCCUGCUUCUUUAAAGGGGAAAUUGAUGAGCUUGGAAGUAUUAAAAAUAUCCAUCUUAGGAAACAAUCAAAGGGAUUCAAGAUGAGAUGAAUUUCCACAAAAAAGAAGUUUAAAUACUCAAAUCAGAAAAAGAUACCUUAGAAUCCGUUUUGAGCAUGAAAACUCAAGAUGUCAAAAAGACUCUUACCAAUGAGCUUAUGAGAAUAGAGGAGGAAAUGAAAAGGUAUGGACUAAUCUAUGUAAUUAGACACUUUGCACAUCAAAAGGCUGAAAAUUCAAGAUUAUAAUAAUAAAUCACAGCAUUAAAAGGAGAAAAGACUGCUCUACAAUAAUAAUUGUUAGGAUUACAGAGAAGAAUAGCUGAGUUGGAAUUAUAAGUUGGUUAAGAACAAGCCUGAGUAGUAAUAUAACCC